AAGCUCCCAUGAACAGCUCACUCUCAAUUCUGGGAUUCACAAUUCACACCGUUCGUUCAUCUCUCUCUCUCCUCUUUGUUCUUUUCUGUCUCUCUCUCUCCCCUCUCUCUCUCUCUGUCUCGGGAGAGAGAUCCAUCAGCUACAGCUCCCAAAAACAAAAACAUAAACAAAAAAAACAAAUCCCAAACACACAUAAAAGAGAAAUUAAAAAUAUCUAGGGUUUCUCAAUAUUAAAAAAUUCCCUCUUUGAUUUUCGUUAUUUUUUUUUUCCCUUCCCACCAAACGCCGUUCCCGCUCCUGCAUUCAUUCUUUCAUUCCAAGAAAACGAGGAUUCAACUGUUCUCUCAUUCGUAGCAGCUGCUGCUCCCUUUAUUUUUCAAAAUUUCCUCUUUUUUCUCGGUUUUUUCUUUGGUUCCUAAUUUUAUCCGCCGAAGCUGGUUUUUUCGGGAAAAUCUGCUGCUACCUUCGCCGCCGGCUGCUAUUGAUUUGUCAACGGCACUUCCUUUGAGGUGUUUUGCCUGAUUUGUUGAUCCCGGGGAGCAGGUGUUCGGCAUAGAGUGAGGGGGAAGAUAGAGAAAAAUCCAAAAUUCCAAUUAAUGAGAUUUUUGUGUUAGCUAUAUUUUAUUUUUUUUUUUGGGUGAGGCGUUUUUGGUGAAUUGAGGUUGUUUGAGGGUUUUAUGCAUUCUCUGAUCUAUGGAUUCGGAAGUAGUCCCAUCUUCUAGGGAUUUGCUGAAAUGUUGCAACUGUGGAUGUGGUUGCUCCUUGCUAGCUCAAUCUUCGGGGACUUGGAUUCGAUCUGUGAAACGGAAGCAUGAUGAGUUCAAAAUGGAUGGUCAAUUAGCCAUGCCCACGUUUGCGCGGGUUGAAAUUGAGAAUGAAUGUGUGGCCUUACGGGAGAUGGUCAGCAUGCAGCAGAAAACUAUUCAAGAUAUGAAUGCUGAGUUGGAGGAGGAGAGGAAUUCUUCGUCCACAGCGGCGAAUGAGGCUAUGUCGAUGAUUCUGAGGUUGCAGAGGGAGAAGGCAGAGGUUCAAAUGGAAGCACGCCAAUUCAAGCGUUUUGCGGAGGAGAAGAUGACACAUGAUCAGGAGGAGCUUCUAUCUUUGGAAGAUUUGUUGUAUAAGAGAGAGCAGAUAAUUCAGUCACUUACUUGUGAAGUUCAGGCUUACAAACACAGGUUGAUGAGUUUUGGCCUUACCGAGGCUGAGGCUGAGGGCGAUGAAUGUGAACUUCCAACCUAUGAAUACCCUCCUUUGAAGUGCAAUGUGAUGCAUGGUGGUGUGGAUGCUGAUAAUGAAGACACGGAUAUAGAAAAAUACGCGUUUGGUGAAACUCCAACUGACCAUUUGAGGAACUUGGAAAACAGGAUUUCUCAAAUGGAGAAAACUCCCACUUACAGCCAGAUGGACGGGGAUUUUACAGGGAAAAACAUUCUAGAGAAAGUGAUUGUUGGACAGUCUCCAAGUCGGGCUAAGCAUGCUAGGAAAUUGUCCCGUGACUCAUCAUUUGGUGGGAUGGGAAAAGAAUCUGGUCCCGAUUUUAUGAUGGAUUCUCCCAGGCUCAAUAGUAACUAUAGGAAGGAUUAUUUCUCACAGCCAGAGGAUCAUUCCAAUUUGAAGAAGGUAGAUAAUACAUCAGAUGGUGAUGAUACGAGUGACAGAAUUUAUACGAUUGAUUCUGUUCAUUGUGGGGCUGGGGCACCAAAUAAUGGUUUCUCAGAUUCCAAAGCUGGAGCUGGCGGUUUCGAAGAUUAUGCAACCACUCCAAGGGAGUUGGGGAAUCAUGCUGCUGAUUUUGAGGAUCCCUACAUUAAGAAGCUUUACAUGAGACUUCAGGCACUUGAGGCCGAUAGGGAAUCAAUGAGGCAGGCAAUCAUUUCAAUGCGCACAGAUAAAGCACAGAUGGUAUUACUGAAGGAAAUAGCUCAACAUCUGUGCAAAGAGAUGUCACCACAACGAAAAAUGGCAAGGAAACCAUAUGUUGCUGGAAACUCUUCGUUCUUCUCAAUUUUUAAGUGGGUCUCAUCAAUUGUUUUCUGGAGAAAGAAAGUUCGUCAAAGCAAGUACAUGUUCGGGUUACCACCUGAAAGUGUGGGCCUGCUGAUGCUUCUGGACAAGGGAACACGUGUAAGGCCAUGGCGAUGUGUCUCGAGUAUGCAAAUGGGGGAUUAACUUUUGAAUUCCCAUGUCAAAUGUGGGAGCAUCAACUGAAUUUUAUUAACACUACUACUACUACUACGAUGAAAUUUUGUUUUGCCCCAUGAAUGGUAAAAAUUGGUUUACUGUGCAGUGUUCUUUUUUUGCUUUUACGUGAGAUUGAGUGUAAUUUGGUGGUUGAUUCAUAAAACUUGGAUAUGAUAUGACAUACGAGCCUUCUCACUCGUAUGGUUUGUUGGAAUUCAGUGCGAGGUACAUGUUUGGACAAUCUUGUACAUAACAUAUUGCUGCAAGUUUUCUCAUGCUUCAUGGCUCAUGCAAUGUGUAUCCAAAAUCUCAAUUUUACUAAUUGCAGCAUUGUGUUGUAGUGUUGCACUAGCACAUUCAAAUGUACCUUCCAAACUCCCACAUUCGAAUCUUCUGUUGUGUGUGGAAGGAUGGUCGUGCAUAUUAUUAUUAUUUUUA